AUGUGCAAUGUGUCAGUGAGUGAUGACAUCAUCACGAUCCCACAGCUUGCUCUUCUAGUGCCUGCUGGGCCUGCUGAUCUGUGCCAGUGUUCUCUCUGUGUGUGUGGGCUUGGCUGGGCUGCCUGCUGUCACAGAAUUUUAUCUCCCCCCAUUCUCUGGGGAAUUCCAGCCUGGGGUCUGUCAAAGUGUGGAUCCAUCAUCCUCCACUCACUGCAACUGUCACCCUGCCACUGCCAGCCACAGAUACAGUCCAUCCAUGAUACUGAUUUUGUCUUUAAUAUUGGUGCUGGUGACAUCUAAUGGCAC